AUGUGUAAUAAAAACGACAUCGCUAAUGCAGUAAUGAAAUAUUGUGACGAAGACCAUGGAAUAGUUUUUAAUAAGCAUCGAUCUAGAAAUGAAAACAAAUUUAGUACUAUUUAUGAUUAUUCAAUUUCUUCUAUUUCAACAAAUUCAAAUGUUUCAAAUUGCUCACAUGAUUUAAAAAGUGUAACAGGAAAAAGUAUUAAGAGUUUUGAUAGUGUUUCACAACCUAAAUGUUACUAUAGAAGUUCGUUGGAAAAUUUACAUAGAAAUAAAGAACAAAAAAAUGAUAAAACAUAUACAAACAAAACAAAAAUAGAUGUAGAAAUAAAAAAUAAUAAGACUUCUGAAAUGUCUGAUGAUACGCAUGAAAUUAUAGCCCCCGAAGGGAAAGGGAAAUUUAUAAAAUUUAUAGGUGAAAAUUACGUAUAUGUCUUACUUGAAAAUGGAACAUAUAAUUGUUAUCCAAUUGAGCUACUUAAAUUGAAUCGUUCCUAUUUAAAGAAAAAUACAAUGUAUAAUUUAAGUUAUAAUUACAAGGAUAUGACUUUAAGCCACACAAGAAAUAUUCUAAAAUCAAAGAAUAAUCCUUCAUAUGAAAAUGAAAACACUUUAAAUGAAGAAAAUAGGAAAUCUGAUGAAUUUCUUUGUUUUCCUGAAGAAAUGGAUUAUUUAAAACAUUACAUUAUAAAAAAUGAUAUUGAAGAUGCAAAUGUUUCUGAAAAGGAUUAUGCGGUACAUAUGUUUGUCAAAAAUAGACAAUCAAAUGAUACCGAACAUGAUAAAAACUAUUUGCAUGAUCCUAUUGUUCCGAUUAAAAAAAAUUUUACAGUUAAAACUCUAAACAAUGAAUACAAGAUAGAAAAUACAAGUUCAUAUAUUCCAAUUGACUAUAUGAACUUCGAUAACGAAAAUUGCAACAUAUGCUGUUAG